UUGUCAAAGCAUAAAGUUUAUAAUAUGUCAAGUUCGACUUGUCUUGUAAUAGCGAAGGGUGUAUACACAACAGAGCAGAUGGCAUAUUGCAGACGGAAACUGAUGGAUUUUUAUUGUAAUGGCAAUAUUAUUAGCAUCAUAUUCCGAUUAAAUAUUAAAUACUUACAAUGGAUUUGUAAUGGGUUUCAAGAUCCUCAAGCUAAACCCUACUUCAGAGUUAUAUCACAAAUAGACAACAAAUAUGCAUACACUACGUUCGGUAAUACAGAAAACACAAAAUACGCAGUUACAACUACUGAUGUACAAAAUGAAGUAAAAGGCGACGAUUUAUGUAUAAGAAUAAUUGUUGGUUCAGCUGUUUUCUUCGGAGCUAUUAUUGUUUUUCUCUUAUUAAUUGUAUAUAUUCUUAGACGAAAAUUAAAAGUGGCUUCCUACACAGGUCUGACACCAAGGCGAGAUCAACAUAUAUACAACGAAACGACGGGUCAAUCUUCUGUUACUGGUCAUUAUCAUGAGAUAGUGCCAUUGUCAGAAAUGGCUUCAUCAAGAUAUCAACCAACUGACCAACACAAUAUAGAUCAGAGACAGCAAGUGGAUACCUCAUUAUAAAUUAUUCCAUCCAGUGACAAUUAGAAUAAAACAAUCUUACAAAUGGAUAUUUUUUUGGCAAAAACUUGUGUAUAUAUAGAUGUCUGUCAUGUGACCACCUACCUGUUGCAAAUACCUUUUGAUGAAUUAUAUUUAAAAGUGUUUAUAUUUUUUAAUGAUAAUCUAAAUUUUCUUGUAUCGAAUAACA